AUGGGCAAAGAUUACUACAAAACGCUGGGCAUCUCCAAGGGGGCCACGGAGGAGGACGUGAAGAAAGCCUACAAGAAGCAGGCGCUGAAAUGGCAUCCGGACAAAAACAAGUCCGCGGCCGCCGAGGAGAAAUUCAAGGAGAUCGCCGAGGCGUACGAAGUCCUGAGCGAUCCGAAGAAACGGGAGAUCUACGACCAACACGGAGAGGAAGGCCUUAAGGGAGGAAGUGGACCCACUGGGGACGGACAGGGCAGCACGUUCACCUACACCUUCCACGGGGAUCCUCACGCCACCUUUGCCACCUUCUUCGGUGGCGCAAACCCCUUUGAGAUGUUCUUCGGGCGCAAGGCCAAUGGGCGAGACGACGACGACAUGGAGGUGGACGGAAACGACCCCUUCGGCUCCUUCACCAGCUUCAACCUGAACGGCUUCCCCCGGGACGGCCACAUCGGCCCGGGGGGGCAGCAGCGCCGGAAGCAGGACCCGGCCAUCAUCCACGAGCUGAGGGUCUCCCUGGAGGAGGUCUUCCACGGCUGCACCAAGAAGAUGAAGAUCUCCCGCAAAAGGCUAAAUCCGGACGGCAGGGUUAUGCGCAACGAGGAUAAGAUUCUCACCAUCGAGAUCAAGCGGGGCUGGAAAGAGGGGACCAAGAUCACGUUCCCACGGGAGGGAGACGAGUCGCCAAACACCAUUCCUGCUGACAUUGUCUUCGUCAUCAAGGACAAGCCACACCCGCACUUCAGGCGAGAGGGUUCCAACAUUGUGUAUCCUGUUCGCGUGAGUUUACGCCAGUCUUUGUGCGGAUGCUCGGUUACCGUGUCGACGAUAGACGGGAAGACGUGCAACAUGAAGAUCACGGACGUCGUCAAGCCCGGCAUGAGAAAGACUGUCGCCGGACAGGGCCUCCCCUUGCCGAAGAACCCCGAGCAGAGAGGAGACCUGGUGGUGGAGUUUGACGUGAACUUUCCCGAGACGUUGCCCGGCAACGCCAAGGACGUCUUGAAACGACAUUUACCUGCUUAGGGACGAAGGACACGGACUGAGCGAGGCGAGACAGACGCAUGACAUCAUGACUCACACGUGUUACCAAACAAACACACAAGGACGGUUCUGACAGCUCACAGAUGAUGCACCACCCUUCUUACAAAUGUGCAGUUUCUAUUUUUGAGCCAGUUGGUGUUUUUUUUUAUAAAUACCAUGCAUGCUGCUGAGUUGAUACGGGCGAAGGACAGUCUGGAUUGUCCAUAUCUGGAAGUGCACAUUAUAUGUAUGUGGGUUCUUUUCCACAAUCACUUUAUCUUUUUGUUUGUUGGAAGUUGUGAAUGAGUCUACAGUUGCCACUAGUUCCCAGUGAUCCUGGGAAAAAUGUAGAGCCGAACCGUAAAUUAUUAUGCUCUCAUUUAGAUUAGUUUGGAGGCUGUCUUAAAAAAAAUGUGUGUACAUGUUAUUCAAGUGGGAAGUGGUCGAGUGAACUUUAGAACUGUACAUCUGAAGAUACUUUUUGAAACUUUUUGAAAUAAAUAUUUCCAAAUGAACUGAUCUGGAGCGGUUCCAGUCGUGGAGAGGCAUCCAAAGAAUCCUCCCCCAUUAAAAAUAAACUGCACAUUAACGAUAAUCACUUAAAAACCUCUAAUCCUGCUGAGGCCUAUUUAUAGUCCGCCUGCAUAGCAAUAUAUUACAACAAAAAUGGAUUCUCUAUGGCACCAGCAAAUUGUGUUGAUCUUCAGAAAUAGAGUGUGUUUUGAUAAGUCGAAUGUGAAUAUUUUGUUGUUGUAAAGCGUAUAUGGUGAAAUCUCAAAGUUUACAAAUUAAAAAAAACACAUUCACUGAA